AUGAAGGCCCCUUCGACCGUCCUGGCGGUCCUCCUCGGACUUGCCCAGGUAUCCGCCGCCGCCGUGGCCGCCGUUCCUGGCAACACGGAUGUCGCCAAGGCUGCCACCGAUGCCGUGAACGAGCUCCCUCCCCCGGCCAACAAGGCUUUCGUACCUGAGGCUGAGACGGACGAGAAGGCCGAGGAGGCUGGCGCCGGGGCCGUCCGCAUGCGCGACUGCCGCUCCGACUUCUGCCGUGACCACAGGGGCCACCGCAGCUGCGGGCACUGCUCCAAGGAGGUCGUCAUCGAGGAGGAGGGCCGCAAGUUCCCUCAUCACCACGGCCACCACCAUGGACACCACGGCCACCACGGCCACCACUGGCCUUCUCAUCGGGACUGUCACAGCGACUACUGCCGCGACCACCACGAACGCGACGGCUGCAGACACUGCGAGGUCCACCACCACCACCAUGGCCACCACGGCCACCACGGCAACCACACCACGACGCGGAAGGACUGCGAGUCGCCCGAGUGCAAGGGCCACUACUACCGCAAGGGCUGCGGCCACUGCCACAAGAGCCAGACGGGCCACCGCGAGUUCCGCGAGUACUACCACCGCAAGCACUUUCGCAACAAGUGCGAUCCCGAGGUCUGCAAGAAGGACAAGAAGCAUGAGGCCUGCAAGUCGUGCAAGGUCGAGCCCAAGAAGAAGGCGGAUCCGCCCAAGUGCAACGAGGUCGUCUGCUUCCUCGCCGACAAGGGUAAGAAGACGACGACGACCAUUCCUUCCAAGCCCACGCAGGUUCCUGUCCCGAACUGCCCGGCUUGCCCUCCUCAGGUAACCUACGUGCCUGUCGUGCCGGUGCCCGCCCCGGCCCCUCAGCCUGCUCCCGCUCCCGCACCUGCUCCUGCUCCCGCCCCAGCACCCGCUCCUAAGCCUGCUCCCGCUCCUAAGCCUGCUCCCGCUCCUAAGCCUGCUCCCGCACCCGCCCCAGCACCCGCUCCUAAGCCUGCUCCCGCUCCUAAGCCUGCUCCCGCUCCUAAGCCUGCUCCCGCACCCGCUCCCGCCCCGGCUCCCAAGCCUGCUCCCGCUCCCGCUCCAGCUCCCGCCCCAGCUCCCGCUCCUGCUCCCGCCCCAGCUCCGGCUCCGGCUCCCGCCCCAGCUCCGGCUCCGGCUCCCGCCCCAGCUCCGGCUCCGGCUCCCGCCCCAGCUCCGGCUCCAGCUCCGGCUCCUGCUCCCGAGCCUGCUCCUAAGCCCGCACCCGCUCCCAAGCCCGUUCCCGUUCCGGCCCCCGAGCCCGCGAAGCCCACUGUUGUUGACACCAGCGCUGGGUCUCGCGUUAAGGUCGCUUCGGGCCUCAUCGGGUUCGUUGCGGUUGCCCUCGUCGCCUACUUCUAA